AGGGACUCAGAGGGACUGGAGGACUACCGCGGGGGGACUCUUUCAGGGACACUUACUUUUACAACACCGUAGUUUUCUCGUUCGCUCUUUUGUUUUUUGUUUUAUUUUUUCUGGGAAUACAAGCUCUGCACUCCAAACUGUCUGCAAAGAUGCUGCUCCUACUACUGGGAAUCAUCCUCCUGCACGUAGCUGCCCUGGUUCUCCUGUUUGUCUCAACUAUUGUCAGCGCAUGGACAACAGGUGACACAGGCACUUCAGACUUGUGGACAAACUGUUCGACUACCAAUGGAGGGUACCACUGUGACCCAGCAUCAACUGGAGAGUGGAUUCAAGCGGUCCAGGCUCUCAUGAUCCUGUCCAUCAUCUUCAGCUGCCUCUCUCUCUUCCUGUUCUUCUGCCAGCUCUUCACUUUGCAGAAGGGUGGACGCUUCUUCCUCACUGGAACUUUCCAGAUCCUUGCCAGUCUGUUUGUGAUGAGCGGAGCCAUCAUCUACACUGUGAUGAGUCCAGAGUGGGCGCCGGACACAGACUCCUUCGGCUAUUCCUACAUCCUGGCGUGGGUGGCCUUCCCGUUGGCAUUGAUCAGCGGACUCAUCUAUGUCAUCUUGAGAAAGCGAGAAUGAGCCAUCCCAGUGUUUCCAAUAACCUCUUCCCAACUGCAAAUGUCAUCUGUCCCCCUCUGAUUUAUGUUCUGACCUGAGUACCAACGGCCCACGGAACCAAAACAGCCGAAUCACCGAACGGGGGAGGGGGGGUUACAUCCAUAACUAUCGCGAAAACAAACAAUACUGUCUCAGUUCAAAGAUGUAUAUAGUAUCUAUGGUUUAAAACCUAUUUAUAACACUUUUUACAUAUAUGUACAUAGUUUUUGUGUUGCCAUGUCAACAGAUACUUGUAUGAGCUUUGUUUUAGCUGAUUAAGUGCCUCAGUGUUUGUUUGUAAUGAUGAUUUAAUUAGAUGCUCUUUUGUCGUGUUUUUUUUUUUUUUUGUUUCGCCUUUUUUUUUUUUUUUUUUGUUCUGGCAUUUGCCAAAAAAAAAAGUAAAAAAAAAAAGAACUUUACUGAACUCAUUAACCAAAGUGCAUGUAUAAAAAUAGAAGGGUUUGAAGGCUUUUUUUUUUUUUUUUUUUUUUUUUUGAUGGGCUUGCUUUUUAAAAAGAGUGGUAACAUCCAAGGAUGUAGCAUAGCCAUGAAAUAUAUAGAUUUGGUCCUUUUUCUAUUUGUGAAUUUGCAAGUUUCAGUGUUUUUAUUUUCGGUAUUUUUCUAUUUCUAUUUUCAACAAAGAUGGUGCUAUGUAUUUAUCAUUCCUAUUACUGAUAGCAAUCAUUUACAACAGUUACUUUGUUUUGUUUUUUUUUUUCAGUUUUUUUUUUUUUUUUUCAAGUCAAGCCGCUCGCCAUUAAUUAAACUGAGAAUCGGACGGAAGUGCAUUCGUACACACUGUGCCUGACUGCUGCUGCUUUAGGGAACACAGCCUAUUUCACGUUGCAGUGUCUGAUUUUUCUUUCCUCAUCAGCUACUGUAAUCAAAAAAACUAAAAAAAAACAAAAAACAAAAAACGGAAUCAUUUUGUUAAAUGUGGUUCAUGGUCGGAAUGGAAGUCGUUUGAGAUGUCAGUAUUAUUCUGCAAACAGACAGAGGGAGUACAGUGACAUUAAUGUACCUGAGCUUCAUUUUGGCUACUUUACUGACACUUUGCUGCAUUUUUAAUGUUUCUGUACUCCUGUUAAAGUCACAAAAAGCCAAUCUUUUCAGUAUGAUAACAUAAAAUAUACUGUAACACUGUGGGGCAUUGUAGCCUGAGAAGAAAAUGUAAUCGAUUUAACUUUACUAGAAAUGCCACUGAGUUGAAGCCAUAUAUAAAAUUAAAAAAAAAAAAAAAAAAAAAAUACCAGAGGAUUGGAAAAACACACUGAGUAUUAAUUAACUCUAUACGUGAGCGAAAG